AUGCCUUUCCCUAUCUUGUUGACCCUUCUGCUGUCGGUGGUUCCUGCUUUGUCCACCCCGCUUGUGACAGAGAGGACUGAAGGAACAUGUAAUCGAGACAAUGUACUCAGGGCACUAAUCGACAAGAGAUACAUCGAUGAGGCAAUUCCGUUCUGCAGCAAAUACAUCAAAGUUCCUGCUUCCACUGUCACAGCUACAACGAGCUGCCAGACUGUCACUAUUACUGCGAUUGUGGAUCCAUUACCCGUGACCACCACUAUUACACCCACUGUCACAGUCACAGCCACAACGCCCGGUUCAACUGUUUACUCUACCUACGUUCCUCCUUACUACAAGGAGAAACGGGAUGAGCCGGUUCCGGCCUUUGUCUCGCAAUAUCCGGCUUCUCGAAUCUCCAGUGCUUGUUCAUGCUUGACCAUUACACCAUCAACUACCACUGUGCCCUGUCCCAUAAAGACAGUCGCCACCACAAUAAAACCACCUGCGCCGACCAUCACCAUCACGGCUAGCCCACCGGCUACCACCACCACAACCGUUGCCGGUCCCGCCACGACUCUUCCGGCUCUUUGCAAUCCAUCUCUUUUCUUGGAUUACCGCAGCGGCGUCGACAGAGAGGGCUUUGGUGGCUUAGUUCAAACCUCGGACGCAACCAAGCAAGCCUGCUGCGUUGCUUGUUUCAGAGCCGGGAACUGCACAGCCUUCCAAUUCCGUCCUGACAACCCACCAGAGACUCGCUGUGAGUACUAUACCCGCCGUUCCCCAACAGACCCGAGCAAUCGGAAGGACAUCUGUCCAUUGGGAGUUACGAUUGGGAGUGAACUUCAAAGUCCCGUUGGGUCCGGGACCGGGACCAUUUUCCUGAAUUAUGGACCAUGCUUGGAUAGAUCACCAUUGAGCGGCUGA